GCCCCGUUGCGCUCCCUAGGCGAGUAGGCUGCUUAUUGGCUAAUCAUCGAAUCAACAUUCUCACGGUUCUCGUUGGAAGCAUUCAACAGCCAGUGUAUUUGUUGCCCCAGCCUUGUAACCAUCGCACCAAAGCCCCAGGUAAGCGCCGCCCCGGGGACAGCUGCCAUGCUCGUCGACAUUGCCAUGCCGGGCCAAACCCGCGAGAGGCCGUCCUCGAUCUCCGCCACCUCACCGUCCUACGCCAUCCUCCUAUCCGGAACCCACGUCACUGGCAAGGAGACCCUCGCUGUUUCCUUGGCAAAGGCGCUGGGCUGCCCAUGGAUCAAGGCCGAAAUGGCUCACAAUGCAGCGACCUUCGGCGCCCGUUCUCAGGCCGCACGGGGCUUCAGUUAUGAAAAAGUAUUCGAACGAAUCUGGUCAUCCAAGCUGCAGCGCCUGGGCUUCCCGGCGGGUGCCAGCGAGCCAGUUGUGCAAAAUGAGCCCAGUGCCGAGGCAUCCGGAGGGCCAGGAGGGUCUGUCGAGACACAGCAGCGCUGCGCGGCGAUAAUAUCACUGUACCACAUGCGUAAACCUGCGCGGGAUGCCAUUCGUCAUGCCAUGCUGGCUUGCUCGGUUAGGCCUGUGUUUGCUGUUCUUCAUAUCACCAAGGAGACGCUGUCGGGAAGGACUGUUGGAGCGGAAGAGCCACGCUUGGCCGAGAGGAUCAUGGCGCACAAGGUUGCAGAUAUCGAGGCGCCGCUGGAGGAGGAGAAGGAUGUUAUCCUCUUGGAUUCAUUGCGGAACGUGGAUGCAUUGUUUCUGGAGGUUUUGGAGACAGUUUCCCAGAAGCUGCAAGUAGGUGGGUGAGCACACUGCAUGUGGCCUUGUGUGGGCUGUUACCUAGGUAUGUUGAAAUGUUUCUUUAUAAGGCAAUUUGUUUACCGAGGCGCCGCCCUGCCUCCCG